AUGACGACACUCCGGUAUUACAUCGUCGAUGUCUUCUCUUCCACAGCCUACAAAGGCAACCCCCUCGCCGUGGUAGACAACACCAGCGACACCCUCACCAAGACCCAAAUGCAACUAAUAGCCCGUCAAUUCAACCUAUCCGAGACAACAUUCAUCUGUCCCCCCACAAACUCCGACGCCAAUCUACGUCUACGCUCAUUCCUCCCCAAUGGAGAAGAAGUCUUCGGAGCCGGCCACAACUCCCUCGGCGCGUGGUGGUGGGCUGUCCAUUCAGGGACAUGCAACGCACCAUCUAACCACGAUGCACGUAUCUACCAGCAACAACUCGGCGAAGCUAUACUACGCGUGGAAGUUUCCAAAUCCCCCACCGGGGAAAUCAGAAUCUCCAUGCGUCACGGCGAACCUCAGUUCCUGAACAAACACGCCAAUAAAGCAUCACUAGCCGAUGCUCUCGGCAUCCACGCAGAUGAUAUCGGACUCCAAGAUCCCUCGGGAACUACACUCCUCGACGAAGCACAAGUAGUGACAACCUCACCGGCUCGACACCUGCUCAUCCCACUUAUCAACAAAGAAGCCCUGGACCGAGUCUCGUUCGCCAAUCAAGAGCGCAUUGCGGAGGAACUCGCUAGCACGGAAAGUCACAACAGCGGCGUUUAUGUUUUCACUUCUGUUGAAAGCGCAAAUGGCGAUCCGAGAUUUGAGGCGAGAUUUUUCAGUCCCGGGAUGGGCAUGGAAGAUCCGGCCACUGGGUCUGCGGCGGGGCCGUUGGCGGCGUUUGUAUGGGAAAAUGGCAAGAGUUUGCUUUCUGAUCGAGUUGAUGGGUCGGGGGCUGUUGGUGUUGAGGUUGUGCAGGGGUUGAGGACUGGGAGGGAGUGUUUGAUGAAAGUCAGUGUGGGUCGGUAUUGGCCGGGGAAUAUCGAGUUAUCAGGGACCGGGGUGCUGGUGGCUGAUGGUAAUAUUGCUAUUCCUUCGUCGGAUGUUGUUUUCUAG